CUGGAUGAAAGGGAAUAAAGAGGCUUUGCAGUCACAACAUUUCAAUGCAUCCAGACAAGUGUUUUGUUUGCUUGCCAGCUUCCUCUGCCUUCUAUAAUGAUAUAAUUAUCACUCUAUGGCAAUGAACAACACCUUGCAGAGGAGACAUAAUACACACAUUUAUCAAUCCGGUGCCUUGAACCUUUCGGCAACGCAUGGGAACGCAAGCACAUGGAGCCUCUCUGGGAAAUCACUUCUGACAACACAAAUAUAUACAUUGGAUCUGAGUUUUUCCCCACGUUUGGAUGAGUUUUCCAUCAUGAGAGUGAUUCUGCUUCUUGCAACCCUCCUUGGGGCAACGUUGGGCCUGGAAAACUUUGCUGGGGACCAGGUUCUGCGGGUGGAGCCGUGCAACGAAGAACAGGUCCGGCUGCUGAAAGAGCUCCGAGCCCUGGAGCCGCUGCAGCUUGAUUUCUGGAGGUUCCCAUCAUAUCCGAACGAGCCUGCGGAUGUCCAAGUGCCCUUUGCUUGCCUCCAAGAUGUCAAAGUCUUCCUGGAAUCCCGUGGCAUCAAAUAUUGCGUCAUGAUUGAAGACAUCCAGGCUGCGGUGGAUGAAGAAAGACGUGAGAUGUACCUCAACCAGCGGAGAGAACGUGGCAGCAGCAGCUUCAAUUACGGCGCUUACCACCCUUUAGAAACAAUCUAUCAAGAAAUGGACAACAUUGUGGCCGAAUAUCCCAAAAUUGUGAGCAAACUCCAAAUCGGGGAGUCCUAUGAGAAAAGGCCCCUCUACGUCCUGAAGUUCAGCACCGGAGGGAAGAACCGGCCGGCCAUCUGGAUCGACGCGGGGAUCCAUGCGCGGGAAUGGGUCACCCAGGCCACCGCUUUAUGGACCGCAAAGAAGAUCGCUUCUGACUACGAAUAUGAUCCCUCCGUGAACUCUCUAUUAAACACAAUGGACCUUUUCCUGUUGGUUGUUGCAAAUCCAGAUGGAUAUGUCUUCUCUCACACUGAAAAUCGCAUGUGGCGGAAAACCCGGUCCAAGACCCCCGGGAGCCCCUGUGUUGGAGUGGACCCCAACCGGAACUGGGAUGCAGGCUUCGGAGGUCCGGGAGCCAGCAGCAACCCUUGCUCCGAUUCGUACCACGGUCCGAGCGCCGACUCCGAAGUGGAGGUGAGGUCCGUGGUGGACUUCAUCAAGAGCCACGGGAACGUCAAGGCCUUCAUCAGCAUCCACAGCUACUCCCAGCUCCUGAUGUUCCCCUAUGGAUACACCUGCGACAACAUCCGGGAUCGUGCAGAACUGGACAACGUGGCCAGAACCGCAGCCAAUGCGCUGACCUCUUUGUAUGGCACCCAAUAUAAAGUGGGGCCCAUCUGCUCGGUCAUCUACCAAGCCAGUGGAGGCAGCAUCGACUGGUCCUACAACUAUGGCAUCAAAUACUCCUUUGCCUUUGAGCUGCGGGACACCGGCCGCCACGGUUUCCUCUUGCCAGCAGACCAGAUCAUCCCGACUGCGCGAGAGACGUGGAUGGGACUGAAGAGCAUCUUUGAGCACGUGCGAGACCACCCCUAUUGAGAAGAGGAGCAGGGAUGGCAUUAUGACCUUGUAAUUUCAUUGGCAAUGAUACUUUAUGAACUCUGUAGAUUAUGAAAACUCCCAAUAAAAACGGAAA